AUGAACUUUUGCCUGCAAAAUUCCGCACGAUGGUUGCUGAACUGGAUAGGAAUUUUCAUGUUUAUUGGUCAAUCCUGUGCUUUGGAUAUCGGGCCAAGGCCUGUUACACGAUCUGGAAGUGGUACCUACGGUGGAACCUGCUAUGGCACGGAUGCGGAUUUGAGUGCCAUCUAUACUGAGGCAAUUGACCUUGCUCAGGUGGCCUUGGAUUCCUUAAACAGUUAUGCUACCAGUGCGACGGUGCGCGCAACUGUAGAGACAUUCUUUGGAAUAAACCCGAUUCAUCCCAUUGACUCAGCACAAUUCGCAUACGUUAAAUAUAUUUUCGGACAAAUCAUUGCUUUCUCGACAAGCACAGAGGAAGAAGAGAUCUCUCAGCCGGGUUUCUUUUGCGACGAUAGCUGGCGAUGGAGGACGGAGAUGGACUAUGGAUCUGAUGGACAAAUGAAUGGCAAGACAAUCUCUCAGGCGACAGGCGGUGCUACAAAGUGGAGCUGGUGGUCUCCUUUGUACAAAUCAUUUCUUGGCACCGGCCCGGGCUGUGUCCACACCAACUUGGAGGCAACAUUAGGGUUCACAGUCGUCUUCGACGAACAGAAGGUCUACACGAUUACCAUGUGCCCAUAUAGCUUCACUCGAGCUAAAAGAAAGGAUUCCCUUAGUGCUUGGCGCUCUAAGGAAAAGAUCAUAGCCGACGGAACACCACUAGGGGCAGCGCUUUCAACGCCCGGUACUUUGCUGCAUGAGCUAGCACACUUGGUCACGAGACAAGGCUUACUUUCCUCCAAAUGUGGCUACACUUGCGAGGAAUCAAAAGCCAAAGCUGUCAAGAAUGCCGAUACCUAUACCUGGUUCGCCACUGCUAUGUAUCUUGAUCAAUGUGACUGGUCACGACAGAUCUGCGCUCAGAGCGCCAGCAGAUCAACUGUUGCUAAGCGAUCGAACAAUCAAACCAGCACCGAUAUGCCCCUGAUGCGAAGAUCAAACCGACGGACGUUGCUCCCUCGUGUAUUGACUGGUUUGCAGGAUGAUCUGGAGUAAGCAAUGUUUGUUGUGGUGAAUGCACAAAGGGUGAUUCGUGGAGGCGCUAGCGGAAGCGCCAUAAGGUGUUGAAGUUCAUUCAAGAAAUGCCAAGGUGUACCGGAUGUAGUGUUAUAGAAGCUGAGUUAGGCUGA